AUGUAGCCAUACUCUUUACCAAGUAAUUCAAAUGCAAAUAGAUUUUAAUAAGAAAUUUAAGUUCCUUCCAUUUAAAAUGAUUACAAUGUAAAUUAAGAUAAUUAAUUUGUUGCAUAAUAAAUAACAAAUAUUUAAUGGAACAAUGACAUUGAGGAAAUCGAUAGAGGUUUUACAAAUAAUGAUAUUUCCUAAAAUGAAAAUCGUAAUUAAAAUUAGUAAAAAAAUCUAUAAUAUGAAUGUAAAGAGUAAUAGUUUAGAGAAACUUAUUUAUUUGCUGUUUUAGAAUUAGUAUUUUCCAUUAUAUUAACAAUUAUUUGUUAUGAAAAUCAAGAUUUUUAAUACUAUUUUAUUGAUGAUAGCUUUUAAGUAUCGAAGUUAAGCUUUUCUUGCUGUUUUAUUUCAAUCAUUAUUUUAGUAUUAUUUUUCAAAAUUCAAACCAGAGAAAAUUAUGUAAAAAGUUUACAUUAACAAAGAAUCCCAAUAAAUGCUUAGAUAUGGUAGGAAUAGUCACCUGGACUUUAUUUUUUUAAAAUUAUAUUGUUUGCUCUAAUGUCGUGGUGUUUAAAACAUUGAAUCUAGGAUGUAAGAUAUUUUCAUAUAUAAUAUAACAAGUCAUAUACAUUUAAUUCACUUAAGGUUACAUUGUUUUGAUCCUACUUAUAUUUAUUAUAUGGCCUUAAUAUUGUUUAAAUCUAAUAAGUACUAUUUUAUAUACCAUAAGAAUACUUUUGUAUUGUUAUUGUAUUAACCUUUUCAUUUGUACUUUUUAUGUCAAUCUAUUUUGA